CAAAAAUUGGUCAUGUUUCAUCAAAUUCCUCAAGAGUUCUCAUAACCGGGCCCAGGCCUUCAUUGUUUCAAGAGGCAACAUUUUUCUUCAUCAAUUAUUCCUGAACGGGCUGUAGUUGAAAGCAGCCGAAAUGGUUCGUCGCAAUAUUGGUCCAGGCCCGGGCAAGUACUUGCUGCCGCCAGUGGUAGGAUUCGACCAUCAUGAUUUCACCAAGUAUCGCAAUCCCCAAUAUUCCAUGGGGGUAAAGUUGGGGUAUUUGAAGAAAGAACUGGGACCAGGGCCGAAGUACCCAGUGGAAAAAUUGACUCGCUAUGGAAAAGCCAGCCCUCCGGCGUAUUCCAUCAAAUCGCGCCAGAAAGCUUUAACUGCCUUCCAAACUCCAGGCCCAGGCACUUAUGCCCCGGAACGGGCGCCCCGAAUGAAAGAACCCAGACCGCCCGCCUACUCCAUGUCCUACAGGUAUACAGGCUUCAAGCCCUAUGUGACUCCCGGGCCGGACAAAUACGAAGUGCCAUCUACAUUGGGACCUAAAGUGCCCGACAAACAUGCCAAUGCAGCUUAUAGCAUGUCGUUUAGACAGAAACUAUUAGACAACCAGCGGUCACCCGGCCCAGCCAACUAUAACAGCGCCAAAACAGAUCUUUACAAGAGCAAGUCGCCCGACUACAGCAUGUCGCCUAGAGUAUACCCGCCGAUAGGCAAAUCUCAAACUCCCGGCCCGAUUUACUUGCCCAAAUUGCCUCAAAAACCCGGCUAUUCGUUUGGACUGAGAACCGACACGGAUCCGUACGUUACCGCCGAAGAUGAUAUGCCGUGUGUUGAAAGAACCAAGGGGUGUUAAAUUAUGGAACAUUGGGCCUAUUUUAUGUAACUUAAGGGGAAACGAAAAAAUAAUAAAGUGCAUAUCAUUCGA